AUGCAUUUUCAACCAGUCGAGCAAAUGAUUGACGAGGCGUAUACUGCUCGUCCUCAGGGCGAACCUGAAGCAGAUGCUGCAGCUACCAAUGAUGCUCUAGACGAUGUUUUUGGCUCGGGACCUUCGUCUCCCACUGAUUUUCGUCCUGACGAUGAGUCAGCAGCAUCACACCCCUCAGAUAUUCGCCGUUUGCAGGCAGAGCACACAACUGCUGGAUACCGCGAGGGCAUUACCGUUUCAAAAGAAAGCAGUCUUCAAGCUGGAUUUGACGAGGGGUUCAGUCUUGGUGCAAGCGUUGGCAUGAGAGCAGGUCAAAUUCUGGGCUUGCUCGAAGGCAUCAAUGAAGCGGUUCGUGGUCUUAACGAAGCAGAUUCUUCCAAGAUCGCCGAACUCCUGAAACAAGCACGGGAAGAACUCAGUACACAAGGCUUGUUCACGCCUGAGUAUUGGUCCGAAGAUGGUAACUGGAAAUACGAAGUCACUCCAGCUACGGGGGCCGAAGAUGUUGUGUUCUCAGAUGUAGCUGAUGCGCAUCCACUUGUGAGGAAAUGGACGGAGAUUGUGGAUGAGCAAGUCACUAUGUGGAAGAUAGAUAGGAGCAUCUUGGACGACGAGACAGGGGUUAGGUUGGAGAGGGAUGAACCACUUGGUUCCGGGGCUGCACUGACGGCAAAGAAGCCGUUAGAUUGGUGA